GGGCGCUCCGUGAGGGCAGCGCCGGCGCCACCGUCCCACCGCACCCUGCCCGCCGCUCUGCGGAUCCCCAUCCCGGGCCGCAGCAGCGGGAUGGCGCCGGGGCUGCUGGACCUGGUGCACCUGACAACCUGGGCCGUGUGUGCCGUGAUCAAGCUGCCGCAGCUGGUGGCGGUGCUGAGGGCCGGCUCGGCGUGGGGACUCAGCGUGAGCAGCCUCCUCCUGGAGCUGGCCGGCCUCCUUGUGUUUCUGAGGUACCAGAUCUAUUAUGGUUACCCCCUGGAGACAUACCUGGAGUUUCCUGUCGUCAUUGCACAAGAUGUCAUUCUCCUUAGCUGUAUUAUGCAUUUCAGUGGAAAAGUGAGACGAGCUUGUUUCUAUGCACUCGUAUAUUGGGUGGGCUGGUAUAUGAUAACACUGCAGAAGUGGAUAAUAGACCUGGCCAUGAAUCUGUGCACGCUCAUCAGUGCAGCCAGCAAGCUGGUUCAGCUGCAGCAUCUCUGGGAGACCAAAGAUGCCGGACAAGCGAGCGCCCUGACCUGGGGCAUGUCUGUAUACGCCUCUGCAGCAAGAAUUAUUACAACUCUAUUGACUACAAAUGAUUUUGCAGUUCUCAUCCGUUUCAUAGUCAUGCUCAUUCUCAAUAUUUGGGUCACAGCCACAAUCCUGCACUACAGGAAGAUUAAAAAGACUGAUUAGACGACACUCAUCAGCACAUAUAUCAUUACCAUAAAAAUAUAAUUAAGCCUAACGAAUUUAAGAAUUCUUCUAAGAUUGAGGAAGCUCUCUUUCUCUAAUAUUUACCUUUUAGCGUACUUAUAGUAUUUACAGUACUUACAGACUUACAGUAUAGCACAUUCAUGCUUACUUUCUCUUAGAAAUAAUUCUGAUAAGAUACUUAAUUUAAGCAGCAUAUUUUUAUUGGUCAUUUCAGACAAGUUUCACUGAUAUCACAUUUUCUCUGGAUUUUUUUACUACAAAGUAUUUCAUAGUUAGAUGUAUAUAUAUUCUGGUAUCACUUCAGUACUUUCUGGUUACAUAAAAGCAAUUUUCUUCAAUUAUACAUGAUCAAUUUUGCACCAACAUACUGCAUCCACUUGUCCUGCUGCAAAACUGUAAAACCACAACAGAAGUUUGUCUUCUUGCAAGCAACUCAAUUAGUUCAACAUUAACUGUCUGUAUUUGAGGAUGAAGAAAAUCUGAGUCAAGGCCCAAUCCAGAAUAAGGUUCUAAUAGCUAAGUCACAAAUCCAGUUGGGAUUGUAGCACUUACAUGCAACACUUAAAUAGUACAAUUUAUACAGCUGAUACAGGAUACCCACAGUCACUUUCCUCAGUAUACCCAGUUUUUAUUGGAUAAGAGAGCAAAAACUCAACUACAAAUUAUUUUUCAACCUGACCUCUCAUUCACUGAACAUAGUAUUUUGGGAACAGCAGGGACAGGAAUGUAUGGGAAUUAAUGAAACUGUGGCCAGCAGUUAAAAAUGCCAUUCCUGGAAUGAUAUCCAGAAUUCCCAAACACCAUCCAUACUGACAGUGACAUGUGCACCUUGAUGCAUCUCAGCAGACUGAUCUCCUGCGGUUGUCAGGUUUUGGGGAUACUGCUCUGUGGUUCAUGAAUUUUUGGCCUGUCAGUGCUAAGUGUGUUGAAGAACAUAGACUUCACUUAAACUUUUACUUCAGAAAUUCUAAUAAAUUUGUAAUACUUAGAGUAAAAAAGGGGAAAGGAUAUUCUUGACAACUAUUAACAGAGGAUUUUGGUUUUGAAAGUACUGCCUUCACAACCAAAAGUUACAUUAGUAAUCAUACAGCUUGCCUUCAUUUAUCAUUACAUUCCCCAAAUUAAAAGAUACAACAUUCCAAGAGGUCUUAUGGUAUUCUGUUGAUUGGCAUGUAAAAACCUAGGCACCCUUGAUCCCAAUACCCUUGAAAACUAUGGGAAGACUGCAUUGACUUCAUUUGAGGCAGGUUUUCUUUGUAACAUUCUAAAUUGUAUGACUGCUGUGGAGCAAAGGGAUCUGCAAAAGUAGAUGUUUCUGCCAGUGAGCACGCAGCAAUUGGAGCAUUCACCAUCAGAAAACAGCUGCUUCGUACUCUAAAUUUUAGUGGGAAGGGCUGGAAAGAGAUGUGUCUGUGGGCAUUGAUUUCAUGUAUCCCAUGUCAUUGAGAGCAAGUCAAAGAUGAGCUUUUUUUACUGCUCCAAUAAAAAGUCAAAUCUUUCAAUGUUGGUUGAAAGAUUAAUUGUAAA